UAAAUGUGUGUGUGUGUGUGUGUUCUGCGUGUGUUCAUGUAUCAAGGAUAUAAUAGUUUGAUUCAUUCGGGAACAAGGCACCUCAGACGGAGAUUUCUUACCUGCGUACUGGCCUGAAUCACACAGAAGAGUGUUCAACUGAAGAACUUCACUGGGAGACAAGAUGUUUCAGAUUAAAAAGAUUUGCUGUAUAGGCGCUGGGUAUGUUGGAGGUCCGACAUGUAGUGUCAUAGCAAGCAUGUGUCCCGAGAUCACAGUAACAGUAGUGGAUGUUAAUGAAUCCCGGAUCAAAGCCUGGAACUCUGACACCCUGCCCAUCUACGAGCCGGGUCUGAAUGAAGUGGUGUUGUCUUGCCGUGGGAAGAACCUCUUUUUCUCUACAGAUAUCGACUCUGCCAUUAAAGAGGCAGAUCUGGUCUUCAUUUCUGUAAACACACCAACUAAGACGUAUGGUAUGGGCAAAGGUCGCGCUGCUGACUUGAAGUUUAUCGAGGCAUGUGCACGGCGGAUUGUGGAGGUGUCAGAUGGGUAUAAAAUCGUUACGGAGAAGAGCACGGUGCCGGUCCGUGCAGCUGAGAGCAUCCGCAGGAUAUUUGAUGCAAACACCAAACCCAGCCUCAAUUUGCAGGUUCUCUCUAACCCAGAGUUCCUUGCGGAGGGUACAGCAGUGAAGGACCUGAAGGACCCAGAUCGCGUCCUGAUAGGUGGAGAUGAGAAUCCAGAGGGUCAAAGGGCCAUCAGGGCUCUCAGUGCAGUUUAUGAGCACUGGGUCCCCAAAUCACGCAUAAUCACCACCAACACCUGGUCUUCAGAACUUUCCAAACUGGCAGCAAAUGCAUUCCUGGCUCAGCGCAUCAGUAGUAUAAACUCUAUCUCUGCCUUGUGUGAAUCCACCGGCGCUGAUGUCGAGGAGGUGGCCAGAGCCAUCGGCAUGGAUCAGCGCAUCGGGAGCAAGUUCCUCAAAGCCAGCGUGGGUUUCGGAGGAAGUUGUUUUCAGAAGGAUGUGCUGAAUCUGGUGUAUCUGUGUGAGGCACUGAAUCUCCCAGAGGUUGCGUCAUACUGGCAACAGGUGAUUGACAUGAACGAAUAUCAGAGAAAGAGAUUUGCCUGUCGGAUCAUUGACUGCCUGUUCAACACCGUUACAGGGAAGAAAAUCGCCUUGCUAGGUUUCUCCUUCAAGAAGGACACGGGAGACACCAGAGAGUCCUCCAGUAUCUACAUCUCUAAGUAUCUAAUGGACGAAGGAGCCAAGCUCCAUAUUUAUGACCCUAAAGUGCUGAAGGAGCAGAUAAUUCAGGACCUGUCUCAACCCAGCAUUUCCGGAGACAACCCAGAGAGAGUGGCUGAUCUUGUAACAGUGACGUCAGACCCCUAUGAGGCAUGUGAAAGUGCACAUGCCCUGGUCAUCUGCACCGAGUGGGACAUGUUUAAGGAUCUGGAUUACGAGAAAAUAUACCACAAGAUGUUGAAACCAGCAUUUAUCUUUGAUGGUCGACGAGUCCUGGACCAUCUGCACCCUCAGCUACAAAACUUUGGCUUUCAGAUCGAGACCAUUGGAAAAAAGGUGACGACCCGAAUUCCCUUCACACCAUCGGGAGGAGUUCCACGAAUCAGUGAACCACCCAUCAAGAAAUCCAAAGCCUAGACACUGACACAUAUACACACACACGUGCACUUUACAUGGAUUAAAGUCUUUUUGCUGAGAAAACCAAAGUAAUGUGUGACCGUUACUGGAAUUAAAAAUGCGUGUGUGUGUGUGUGUGUUUCUGUCUUCAGAAUGUUUUAUCUUUCAUAGCCGU